AUGGACGCGCUCGGAACCCACCGGCGAUCGCACCUCGAUCCCUGGCGCGCGGGAACGUCCGUCGCCUUCGACCCGUCGCGGUUGGGUUGGCGAGGGUUGGCGAAGAAGGCACCUCCGCGAUCGUCCGAACCCCAAGCCGAACCCCGGGCGAGCACGGACGUGACCGAACGGGAGAUCCUCGCGCACCAGCGCUCCCCGGACGACUACCUCCGAGUCCCGCUCGCCAACGUCCGCAACUUCUCCAUCGUCGCGCACGUCGACCACGGCAAGUCGACGCUCGCCGACCGCCUGCUCGAGAUCACCGAAGCCAUCCCUCCGGGCGGCAGGAAGCAGUACCUCGAUCGGCUCCCGGUGGAGCGCGCGCGGGGGAUCACGGUCAAGGCGCAGAGCGUCUCCUUGCUCCACGCGGACGAGCGCACGGGGGAGACGUACCUGCUGAACCUCAUCGACACCCCCGGGCACGCCGACUUCUCGUUCGAGGUGUCCCGAUCGCUGGCGGCUUGCCAAGGAGCGCUGCUGCUGGUCGACGCGGCGCAGGGCAUCCAGGCGCAGACGAUCGCGACGUUCUUCCUGGCGAUGGAGCGCGACCUAGCCAUCGUGCCGGUGGCCAACAAGAUCGACAGCGUCAACGCCGACGUGGAGGGCACGGGCGAACAGUUGGAGAGCGUCUUCGGCAUCGACGCCAAGGAGCUGGUGCCGAUUUCGGCCAAGGUUGGGACAAACGUGGACGCGGUGCUCGGUGCGAUAAUAGACAGGGUCCCCGCGCCCGGCGGAGACGCGUCCGUUAACGCCAAACUGCGCGCUUUAAUGCUGGAUUGCCACUACGAUUCCUACAGGGGCGCGGUGGCGAGCGUGAGCGUCGUCGACGGCGUCGUGAAAAUAGGCGAUAAAGUUCGAUCGAUGCGAACGGGGCAGACGUCCGAGGUGCUCGAGCUCGGGUUGAUGACCCCGGAGCCGCUGCGGGUGAGGGAACUCACCGCGGGGCGCGUCGGGUACGUCAUAACGAGCCAGCGGGACGUGCGGGCGGCGAAGAUUGGCGACACGCUGGUGCUCGAGCGGGAUUACCAAAAGUCUCUGAGCGCGGUGUCGACCGACGGCUCCGACGUUUUGACGCCCCUCAAUGCGUUUCGCGAGGCCAAGCCGAUGGUGUUCCAGGGUCUGUUCCCGCAGACGGGCGACGACUACGAGAAGCUCAAGGCUGCGGUGGAGCGCCUGACGCUGAACGAUCCGUCGGUGACGACGCAGACGGAGACCAGCGCGGCGCUCGGCCCGGGAUUUCGAUGCGGGUUUCUCGGGUUGCUUCACGCGGACGUGUUUCAUCAGCGGCUCAAGGAGGAGUUCGGCGCGGAGGUGAUCGCGACGGCGCCGACGGUGCCGUAUAGGGUGGUGUAUCCCGGAGAGUCCUCCGCGGUGAGCGUCUCGAGCCCGAUGCAGCUGGACGUCGAGCGGUUAUCGCAGUCUCACGGCGUCCCUAGGGUCGAGGGUUCGGAUCCCGUCGGCAUCUCGGAGCCGAUGGUCGACGCCACCAUCGUGUGCAAGAACGAACACGUGGGCAAGAUCGUGGAGCUCUGCGUGGACAGGCGGGGCACGCAGCUGGAGCACACGCACAUGAGCAACAGCGCCGGCACCGGCUCCGGCGACAGGGUCCUGUUGCGGUACAGGUUACCCAUGGGAGAGGUGGCUACCGAUUUUUCAGACGAGCUGAAAUCGCGCACCAGCGGCUACGCAACCUUCGACUACGAGGAAUCCGGGUACCAGCAAAGCGACAUCGUCCGUCUGGACGUUUUGAUAAACGGGCAGAGCGUGGACGCGCUCGCGGGCCUGAUCCACCGGGACAAGGCGCAGCGCAGCGGCAAGGCGUGGGUGACUCGCCUGAAGGAGAUUCUCCCGAGGCAGUUGUUCGAGGUGAAGAUUCAGGCAGCCGUCGGUCAGAAGGUGCUCGCGCGCGAGAGUAUCAGCGCGUACAAGAAGGACGUGCUCGCGAACUACUACGCCAUGGAUAAGAGCCGGAAGCAGAAGCUGCUCAAUAAGCAGAAGAAGGGUAAGAAAUACAUGAAGUCGGUGGGAAGCGUCGAGAUCCCGAACGAGGCUUUCGCGGGUCUGCUGUCGAAAGGGUUCAAGGGGGACUGA